CGAAAACAGGUAAAGGCCAAAGAGAGUGAGUUUACCUGCCUGAGGCGUUCAGAUGGUUUCUGCAGUGAGUGAAAGGACGGCUGCACAGGACCCUCAGGACCCUCAGGACCCAGAGCACCCACAGGACCCACAGGACCCUGAGCACCCUCAGGACCCUCAGGACCCAGAGCACCCACAGGACCCUCAGGACCCAGAGCACCCACAGGACCCACAGGACCCUCAGGACCCAGAGCACCCACAGGACCCACAGGACCCUGAGCACCCACAGGACCCACAGGACCCAGAACAUCCACAGGACCCACAGGACCCAGAGCACCCACAGGACCCAGAGCACCCACAGGACCCUCAGGACCCUGAGCACCCACAGGACCCACAAGACCAAGAGCAUCCACAGGACCCACAAGACCCAGAGCAUCCACAGGACCCAGAGCAUCCACAGGACCCACAGGACCCAGAGCACCCACAGGACCCACAGAACCCUGAGCACCCACUGGACCCACAUGACCCAGAGCAUCCACAGGACCCACAAGACCCAGAGCACCCACAGGACCCACAAGACCCAGAGCACCCACAGGACCCACAAGACCCAGAGCAUCCACAGGACCCAGAGCAUCCACAGGACCCAGAGCACCCACAGGACCCAGAGCACCCACAGGACCCAGAGCAUCCACAGGACCCAGACCACCCACAGGACCCACAGGACCCACAGGACUCCCACUGA